AAGAACACCCAAAUCCUCUCACCAGCCCAACCCAGCCCAGCUCCAGACACCACCAUGAUCGACUCCUGUUGCGGCUCCGGCUUCUCCUCCCUGAGCUGUGGGGGAGGCUGCUACCGCGACCCCUGCUGCUGUCUCCCCGUGUCUUCCCAGACCACCGUGUGCCGCCCCGUGACCUGCGUGCCCCGCUGCACACGCCCCAUCUGCGAGCCCUGCCGGCGCCCCGUCUGCUGUGACCCAUGCUCCGGGCAGGACGGCUGCUGCUGCCCCAUCUUCUGCUGCCCCACGUCCUGCACGGCCGUGGUCUGCCGCCCCUGCUGCUGGGCCUCCACCUGCUGCCAGCCCAUCUCUGUGCAGGCCCCCUGCUGCCGCCCCCCCUGCUGCCAGCCUGCCGCCUGCCGCAGCACCUGCAGGACCUCCUGCUGCUGAGCAGUGUGUCAUCACUAGGUUACCCAGUAGACAGCUGGUCUAUCCUGCUAUCCCUUGGCUUCAUGGCAGAACAACAUGCUUCUUCUUGAGAAACCCAUUUCUCAUCUCUUCAAACUAGCUUGGAGUAGCCACUGAAGAUACCUCUUCAGACUAACUACUGAUGAAGAAUUUCACCCCCUCUAGACCGAAUUCUAACUCCUACCUAUAUCAUAUUGUCUGUUUUCUAAUAAACUUAGUAU